CAUGGAUUUUCUUGUCCCAAUUUCCGAGUUGACAAACAAUAUGAUUCACUUACACGUAUACUUCGAUUCUCUGUGAAAUGUUCCGCGAUGACAGCCGGCUGAAGAGAUAGCUAGGAUGGACUUGAAGCUGUUGGUAUCGCUCAACAGCUCCAACAUCGUGCCAGGCGUAAGACUCAGGAGGACCGCUUAUACACCUGGAUCUCGUUUCCGUUUCAAGGAACAUCUUUUGAGAUGGCCACUGAACCUUCGCACUCGCUCAAUGCUGUGGACGCAGCACGGGAUAUAACGCCAAAGAGGGUUCCGACUCAGUCGGGGCAGCGCCUUACCCCAGGAUCCUCGCCCAGCCGGGUCCUGACCCGAGACAACACCCGUGAUCCUGCCCCCGACCCCUCUUUGAAUCAAGAUCCGAAUUUCAUCCGUAUUCUAUCGACUCAACAGUCCAUGUCCGCCGUAUCAGAGGACCCAGAGCUGCCUUCUGAAGCACGUCCACCAUCUCCGCCUCCAAGAGAGGGCGAGGCUCCACCUCCCGUCGAGGAAGUCACUCUGAGCCGCCUGGGAGCUCAUUACUCCGGAUUGGUCCUGGCUUCCAUGGCAGGCUGUUUGAUCCGGUUGGGCCUCACAGCUUUGGGGACAUAUGAUGGCCACAGCGUGUAUCCGUUGUUAUGGGCACAAGGUGUCGGUUGUGGGGUCAUGGGCUUCGCACUGGAUAGGAAGUCAGAGAUUGCAAAGAUAUACCCGCCGAUCUAUACCUUCCUGACAACUGGCGUCGCCGGAUCCAUCACCACUUUCUCGUCCUGGAUGUUGGAGAGUUUUCUGUCAUUCUCAAAUCAAGACGAUUUCAAUAGAGGCGGUCUGUACGAUACUGUCGAUGGUCUCGCCUACUCCUUCUCCACUUGGUUAGUCGCUCUCGCCGCUGUCGACGUAGGCCUCCACUUUUCAUCCAUCUUUCCUCCAUUGCCUACGCGGUUGCAGGGACGUCGAGUGGUCGCAGAGCUUCGCGCAGUGAAAGUAGAAGCAGAUGGUGUUACAGAACCACCUCAAGAGAUCGGUGAAGCUGGACGACCCACACUCGGAGACACGUCCACUUCUUCAUCAUCCGCUACAGCGACUUCUCGAGGUGCUCGUCUAUCCACUCGUGGAACGCCCUCGACCCGGACCACGCCUUCACCUCGCACUCGCAACCCACUCACGGGCGCUACACCUGUCCUCGAUACUCUCUUCAUCUCUUCGGCAUUUGCAUCCUAUCUCAUCGCGCUUCUCUUAUAUUUCCUUGGACCCCGUCAUUGGCGUCAUGAGGCCAUUUUCCCCAUGCUUCUCUCACCUCCAGGUGCCAUCCUUCGAUUCGCCCUCGCUCGGAUCAAUCCCAAACAGCCAUUCAUCGACCGAUUCCCACUUGGUACAUUCAUCGCAAACAUGCUCGCUACGUUGGUCGUCUGCUCGACUUACGUCGGCAUGAGACCUGUCUCGGUAGGCUCUACCAGUACGGUCAGGUGUAAUGCCCUGUAUGGGUUAGAAGAAGGGUUUUGCGGAUGCCUCAGUACGGUUUCUACAUUUGUCGUUGAAGCGAGGGCGAUCAAGAAGAAACGGUGGAAAUGGAUCUAUGUAGGUGGUAGUGUUGUCUUGGGUCAUUUGUUCGCUCUGGCCAUUGUGGGAGGCACAAGAUGGACCAGGGGCUUCGGAUCAGUCUGUGCAUAAUAGGUUACCAGUGU